CGGCGGCGGCGGCGGCUGCAGGAGCUCGAGAGGGAAUUCCGUGGGAGCAGGGCAGCGAUGGAAGUCGUAUAGCAUCAGGAUGCCCUUCUUUCUGCAAAAGUUGGAUCAUUCCACAAACUGGAUAUAAUUAACGAAAAGGAAUUUGAGUUUUGGAAAUUCUCUAAUCUCUAAUAUAUAUCCAAAGGCAGCAUGCUGUGAUGGGGCUCUUAUGAGUUUAGCUUGCCUGCCAUGCACCCCACAGGGAGUGUAGAUACCAGCUUUUCCCGUACGGCUGUGCAAACCUUGUCCCGUAGCCACUGCCGGAACAUAAAGCAAAAGAUUUCUCAGUGGGAAGGUCGGACAAAAGGGGUCUGCCAAGAAGAAAGGCAGAAACUGAAGGAUUUUGGGGUCAGAUAUGGCCUCGACAGCAGGGAAAAGCCGUCGGCUCCUGCACCUGACAAGAGCAUAGAAGCAAAUGUUCAGAGUUUAGGUUUAGAUUUCUGGGAAAACUCUAAUCUCGGCUCUGUGACUGAGGAGGAAGAGGAGGAGGAGGAGGAGGACCAUCACUUCCAAGAGAUUUCCAGAAACCAUUCAGUGGAGCAACUUUCUAGUGACACUUUAUCUGAAACAGCAGAUGCUACAGAAUGGCCACGGGAGAGACUGCCCCCUGGGAAUUUCUACACCUCACGGGGCCUAUGGAAACAGAUAGGAACUCUUCCUUUUGAUGAAGAAGCUUCUGUUGCACUGGACUUAAAAAGGAAACGGGAAAGCUGUGGUUCGACAGAGAAGGAGCUGAAUGUAGCUCCAGCAAAGAGCCUGGAGACAAUAUAUUGUGAUGUGGAAGGUCAGGAAAGGCGGCCAGCCAUCAACCCAGUGCCCAAACCGCAGAGGACUUUCCGUUACCAUUCUGAGAAGGACCAGGCAAACUUUGCUAAUGGAUAUCCCAGCAAUAAGAAGCCAUUGGAACAGCUGUGUAAUGGGAUCUAUCCUGCAACUGCCUCCCAUGAGUCUGACCGCAGAACAGGCAGCAGAGGAAUCCGAGGCAGGUCUAAGAGAAAGUCCUUUGAAUUUGAGGACAUCCAAAGUUAUCGAAACAGACUAGCAGCCAUCGAGUACCAAAAGCUUCACGAAGAACUAAAUGGCACCACACCUGUCUGUCUCUAUUGCACACAGUCAGAGGACAACCUCUACGAGGAUAUUAUUGACCCUGCAAAAGAGAAUCCCUAUGAGGACAUUAAAGUGAAGCCUUUGUGGAGGAUCCCAUCUAAUUGGAAGCUGCCUCCUCCUCGAAAUACCUUCAAGCCACCCAAGCUUCUUCACAAGCCACACUUUUUUCACCGUAAAACGUUGGAGCUAAAGAACACACGAAUCUGUUUGCGCGGGAAGUUGCCAAAAGAUUCAACACUGCCAGUUACGUUGACCGAAUGGAAGUUCUUCAAAGCAGGAGAUGCUGGAAGCAGGAAGAGAAAGAAUCUUCCCCGGCUUGUAUUGAAGAUACAAGAGAUCUUUGAUUCCAGAAGAGGAAAGAAACAUGUGAAGUUGGUGAUACAAAUGGGAAAAGAACUUUCUCCAGCCAGAGGUGAAACCAGUGGAUAUGAGAGUGAACCAGAAAAUCUGCCGAAAAGUCGCCAUAAGCGCCUUCUGCAGGUCCAGGCUCAGUCCAAACGGAACCCACACUACCAGACAUUGGAGCGAGAUCUCAUUGAGUUUCAGGAGCAGCAGCUCUUUGAGCUAUUCGUUGUGGUAUCUCUGCAAAAGAAACCAUCAGAGGCAACAUAUACUCCACAGGUUAUACAACAGUUUCCAUGUAAGUCUGACCAUCCUUUUCGUCAAUCUAAGGACACUGAAGACAGACUAAAGGUCAUUCCCAAAUUUUGUUUCCCUGAUCCCAAAGAUUGGUGUCCAACCUCAGAGACAAAGAGUGAAACCUUUUCCUUUGUGCUGACUGGUGAGGAUGGCAGCCGCUGGUUUGGAUAUUGCAAAAGGCUCUUGCCAGAAGGAAAAGGAAAGCGGCUACCUGAAGUGUACUGCAUGGUUAGCCGUCUAGGCUGCUUCAACCUUUUUUCUAAGAUAUUAGACGAAGUGGAAAAGAGGCGUGAGAUGUCCCCUGCCCUAGUUCACCCAUUCAUGCGCAGUGUGAUGGAAGCACCGUUCCCUGCUCCUGGGCGUACCAUCACUGUGAAGAGCUUCCUGCCUGGAGCUGGCAAUGAGGUGAUUGAGCUUUGCCGUCCACUGGAUUCCCGGUUAGAACACGUUGAUUUUGAAUGUCUCUUAAAAUGCCUCAGCAUCUCUCAUUUGAUCCAAGUUUGUGCUUCUCUUCUGCUAGAAAGAAGGGUGAUCUUUGUUGCUGACAAUCUAAGUACCUUGUCCAAAUGUGGUCAUGCUGUGGUUGCAACCCUCUACCCAUUUACCUGGCAACACACUUACAUCCCUGUCCUGCCAGCCUCCAUGAUAGAUAUUGUUUGUUCACCUACUCCUUUUCUCAUUGGCAUCCUCUCCUGCUCCUUAACACAUCUUCAGGAUCUGCCUAUAGAAGAGGUACUGAUCGUUGAUUUGUGUGCUGAUAAAUUUCUGCAAAAGGUUUCAGAUGAGGAUGAAAUUCUACCUCACAAGCUUCAGGCUGCACUUGUACAGAUCUUGGAAGAAAGGAAUGAAAUCUUGUUUCAGGAACGCUGCUACACACAAGGUGAUGUGACACUGGACUCUCUAGUAUCAGAGGCUUUUGUGCGCUUUUUUGUGGAAAUCGUGGGACACUAUUCUUUGCACAUGCAUGUCACUGAGAAAGGAGAGAGAGUAUUCCAGCGGGAGCCCUUCCGGAAGUCCCAUACAUCCCGCAGUGUGCGCCAUUUCCUAGAUAUCUUCAUGGAGACACAAAUGUUUGCUGGUUUCAUCCAGGACCGAGAGCUACGGAAGAGUGGAGUAAAAGGCUUGUUUGAAGUUCGUGCCUUGGAAUACUUGCAGACCAUUCCAGAGUCUGAGCCAAGUGGAAUGAACAAAAUCCUUCGCAGUCUGGGUAAUAAGAUGAAGUUUCUACAAAAGAAGUGAAAAGCCAAAUGCAGAAUCGCUAAGCUUUAUUUUACGAUCCUGGCAAGCCAUAACGAGAUGGCUUUGUCGCUGUGGUCUUCUAUUAGAUUCUUCAGGUCCCACGUGAAGAACUUCAGCUGGCUGGAAAAAUGAGCACCAAAUAUGAACAGCUUGUUUGAUCUCUGUUCUGCUUGGUCUGGUUGGAAUAUUACUGAGCAAAAAAUGAACUCCUGUUUACAGAGAUGAUUUAUAAAGCAGAAAUAACAGCAGAAACCAUAUCCUUAUUUAUACUGCAUGGCUGGAAAAGAUUCUUCCUUGUUCCUCGUGUUAUUAAAAAUAUGCUCAAAGCAAAGGCUUCAACUCAAAGCAAUCUCAAGGAUUCAGCUGAUACCUAUUAAAAAGAGGAAGAAACCAGGAAAGAAUCAGGAUUCCAGCAAAGUGGCUA